AAUGGCUGAUCAAUUGACUGAAGAACAAAUUGCUGAAUUCAAGGAGGCUUUCUCAUUAUUCGACAAGGACGGCGAUGGUACUAUCACCACAAAAGAGUUGGGGACAGUUAUGCGCUCUCUUGGACAAAAUCCGACAGAAGCCGAAUUGCAAGAUAUGAUUAAUGAAGUGGAUGCUGAUGGUAACGGAACAAUUGACUUUCCUGAAUUCCUUACAAUGAUGGCGCGUAAGAUGAAGGACACAGAUAGCGAAGAAGAAAUUCGAGAGGCUUUCAGAGUCUUCGAUAAAGACGGCAACGGUUUUAUUUCCGCUGCAGAACUUCGCCACGUUAUGACCAAUUUGGGUGAGAAAUUGACUGAUGAAGAAGUGGAUGAAAUGAUUAGGGAAGCAGAUAUUGAUGGGGAUGGACAAGUUAAUUAUGAAGGUUUUUUUUUUGAAAAUUUUUUGAAGGGAAAGGAUUUAAAAAAAUUUUUUUUUAAAGAAUUCGUUACAAUGAUGACUACAAAAUGAGGAGGAGAAGAUAUAAAAAUUGAAAGAAAAAAGUUUUUUUAAAAAUUAGAGAAGAGGGCGGAUGCUUGCCGCGCUAAUUAAUAUAUUUUUUUGUGUCAUUUUUCUCUCUAUAUUAAAGUCCACACAAUAAAAAAAUUGAUUGAUUGACACUUUGAAAUAAGAGGAAAAAUGGACGAUGGAUGGAAAUGAGAGUAUAAUUUUUUAUUUUAUUAUAAUGGGUUUAAACAUAGGGGCUAGAAAAUUUUGGGUAGUUUACGACCGAUUAUAGACAGAUACUCCCCGAUUUUCGGGUGUAGCGUGUUUUUGACUCCUUUUGAGAACUCGACUUUACCCGACUUUUUCUAUGGACCAGGCCCAAACUGGUUUAAGUUAAUAAGAAUUUUAAGACCAUCCAAAGAUCCUUUUCCUUUUUAAUGAGCAUUUUAAAUUUUUUUUGUAUAAUUUUGAUGAGGUACUUGGUUUAAAUUUUUGGAAUUUAGAAAAUUUUUUUGGAUCCUUUAUUGAAAAAUCAAAAGGGAAAAAUUAAGUAUACUAAUCAAAAUUAAUUAAAAAAAAAUUUUUUUUGAGGGCUUUUCUUUAAUUUAUAUCUUUUUUCGGAUUCUUGAAUAUUAAAACAUAAAUUAAAAAAUUUUUUAAAAAGAAAGCGUCCUCUUGUUGUUUAAUUUUAUAUAUAUUUUUUUCGUUUUUUUUAAAUUUCUGUUUUCUUCUCUCUAUCCUCAUCUCCAAUCUUAUUAUAUUUUUUUCUGGUUUCUUUUAUUAUUGAGAGAUUGAGACCGUUUAAAUUUUCUGUCCGCAAAAAAUUUGCGGACUUUUUAAAGCAAAUAAAUUUGCGGACAAUAUUUGCGGAUAUUUUAUA